AUGCAACAAAUUCCUGCUUAUGCAAAGCACAUGAAGCAAAUCCCCGCAAAGAAGAGAUAUCUAGAGGAGGAAACUAGUGAUAAACAGGGAAAAUGCAGAGCUAUUUUGGAGAAACCACUUCCACCAAAAGUGAAAGAUCCAGGAAGUUUUACUAUUCCUUGCGUCAUUGGGAAGGAAAAUAUAAGGGAAGCCUUAAUUGAUUUAGGGUCAAACAUUAAUUUGAUGCCCUUAUCUAUGCUUCAAAGGAUUGGUGAUCUUGAAGUCAAUCCAACCAAGGUGACUUUGCUCAUGGCGGAUGGAUCUUCCAAGAAACCCUAUGGUGUAGUGGAAGAUGUGGUGGUUUGCAUAGACAAACUUAAAUUCCUGGUGGAUUUUGUGAUUCAAGAGAAGGAGGCUAGUCACAAAGCUGCAUGUAAGGAUGUGAUUAGCUCGAAAGCUGCAAAGCCGAUCAUCAAAG